AUGGAUCUUGGAGCAAGAAAAAGAUCAGCUCGUUUAUACGCCACUUUUGUUUCAGCUCUUGCUAUGAUACUCAAGUCUCUGUGGAAGAUUAGCGUUUUCUUGAGCCAUUUUUUGAUGGACUAUGCUCACAGCCUCAUAGAUGAUGAAAUCUCUUCUCCACAAGACAUUCUUUGUAUGUUCCUACUCAAGAGAAUCAGUCUCACUCAUCCUCAGGAAGCAAAUGGUGUUUUUGACCUGUUUCUAAACAUCUUGGAGCUUAUGCCUCGCUGGGAUUCAGACUUUGAAGUGUACGAAGUGGCGAAAAAGAUUUGCAAUAGAUGCAAGAUGGGUAUGGAACUUCCAGCUGAACGUUCUUUUGGUCUGCUCAUCAAUGCUGGUUCACUCAGAGAAGUCAAGGCAUUAUUCGAGAAGUUUACAUUCGAGAAGAUCAUUCAGAUCAUCAGAAUAGACUUUAAGAUGCCUUGUGAUAAGGAGGGAUGUGAGAAACGAAACUAUGUUCAACUCUCUGUGGAAGAUUAG